AUGCCUGGAAGCGAUGCUCUUCGGGCGCUGCGCCUGCUUUCGCGCAGCUCAUCUGGCCUUUGGUCUGGCGCCGAGGCCGUGAUGGGACGGUGCCUCACCCGCUCAAUGGCCACCGAGGCUUCAGCCAAUGGCCCAUCGAUCUCCGAAGUCGCCAAACCACCCGCGCCAUGGGAUGCUCCUGUCUCCAUCAUGACAUAUGCUUUCCCUUCAAUGGAGCCCGUGCGCCUGGUGCAGUACUCGCAGAAAGAACUACAGCUGCCAAUUCGCAAGGAUAUUCUCCACCGCGCAGUCGUAUACGAGGGCGAUAACACCCGACAAGGAUCAGCCAACGCAAAGUGGAGGGGUGACGUGCACGGUAGUCACAGGAAGCUGCUCCCACAGAAGGGCUCCGGGCGAGCUCGUGUGGGCGAUAAGAUGUCGCCAAUACGUCGAGGCGGUGGUGUUGCACAUGGGCCUCACCCCCGUGACUUUGGUACCGACCUGCCAAGGAAGAUCUACGAUCAAGCAUGGCGCAUUGCUCUCAGCUACCGAUUCUCACGCGGAGAGCUGAUUGUCAUUGACAACAAGAUUUCGCUUCCUGCUGAAGCGACACCGUAUCUGAUUCAAAAUUACUUGCAUGCGAACGGCUGGGGUACUAAGAACGGACGUUCAACCUUUAUUACGAAGUCUUUUGACGAAGAAUUGUUUGAGAAGGUCUCUCGCAUGGACAAAUAUGCGACCAUCCGAGAUCUGAAGAAGGUGGAUGUAAAGAACUUGCUGGAGACUUCGCGGUUGAUUAUUGAGAAACAAGCACUGGACAAAAUCCUGGCAGCACACUCAAAAGACCUACGAAGCCGGCCUGCGAGCGCGUUCGAGUAA